CAGCCAGUUGCAGGCAUGGGGCUAGGGAGACUGGCAGGCAGGUACAGCUAUGUUCACAACUGGGGGAGAGUCUCCGUCACCGGGACCUCCGCCUCCUCUCCAACACACGGAGAGAGCCGGCUGGAAAGUCUUGAGCAGGGACCAAUUGUGCCACGAAGUCAGUGCUUACACAUCAAAUCAUCUGAAGAGGGAGGACGCUUUGCAUGUAAAAGUUUGCCCGUUCACUCUCCAGAGUUUCUGCUGGUCCUCCCUAGCCUGACUGGACUCCGGUAUAAUAUCAGCGAAGGCAGCUGCCACAUGAACGCCUGGUGGGAUCCUUUACCGCCCGUCAAUGGCUCCUGCAGACUAAAUUAUCAGUCGGAGCUGAAGCCGAUGGAUGGCGAAGACUCAGACACUAAAUACAGUCAUGAACCUUUCAAAAAACAUCUGGUGCUCCUAAAUCGAACGGCUGUUUUCCGUGUGAGACCUAAAUGUGGAAACAUGGUUGGAGAGUGGGUUAAUAUCACACUUCCACCAAAGGGUAUUGCAAGGACCGAAGCUGCUAACGUCAAGUGUAUCUGGCAUAAUCGGAAGCGCAUUGCGUGUUCAUGGCAGCGUGGAGAGAAUGCAGAUCGAGACACAUCCUACAGCAUGUCUUUCUGGCACAGCGGCAUGGACAAAGAAAGGCUAUGCAUAGAUUACAGUCAAGAAGGUGACGUCUUCCAGUGCUCUUUCCAUCAAGAUACAGUACAAGAUGAUAUUGCUGUUUCCAUCCGAGGCAAUUCCAGAGACAUUCGGCCAGUGUGCGUGUUGGCAAGAAGCGGCAGAAGAGAUAAGUUUCCAAUAAAAUAUGAUCCUCCAUCCAUUGUAAACAUCAGCAAGAGCGGUCCUGGAGUACGUCUGAUCUGGACCCGUCCUACCUCAAGCAGUGGUAUAUGCUACGAAAUAGAAAGCAAUAAUACCGCAACAAAGAACUCCACUUUCUUGGAUGAUUUUAAUGUGACAAUCCCCAUCAAAUCUGGCGAGCGCUACACGUUCCGGGUGAGAGCCGUCCGAGGUGUAAUCGCCACGCGGUGUCAGCAGAAAGAUGGUUACUGGAGUGAUUGGAGCGACCCUGUCGUUUGGGAUGAUAGUGGCAGCCCGUUCAACAUUCUUCUGCUAAUUCUGAUCCUGUUCUGUGUGGUCACUCUGACUGUCAUUUUGCUCGCUUACCAGAAGAGAAUUAAAGGGCUCAUAUAUCCCAAAAUUCCUGACUUUGAGAAGGUGAAAGUAUUCCUUGAAGAGCAAAGUAAGGAGUUUGAGAAACAUCCCACAGAAAAGCCAAGCACAGAGGAUCCCACCGAUUUGUUGCCCAUUCUGGAAAUCAGCAUGGAGGAGGCCAAGACGUCUGAGGGCAAGCCAAAGACUUGGGGGUCAAGGGAUUGACACGCCCAGUGGCCAGACCCUUGGAGACAACCACUUGUACAUAACUCGUCCUUCCCAACAUCUCUUUGCCAAGACAUUUCGUGGGACCAAGCAGGCCACAGAGUUCAAUCAUUUCAAUGCCCCUUCUCCAGUUCUCACCCCAUCAAAAAUGUGGAUGAGUAUCAGGUCUUGGUUUAGCUUCUCGGAAACAGCACUUGCUCCAGAAGGACAACCAGUUUCUGUCAGAAGCAGCGAAAAGUUCUUUUUCCUCCCAUGUUUUAUUUGGCAUAAUCUUUUGUGGAUGGCAGCUCACUUCAUCAGAUUAUUGUUGUUGCUUCGAGUUACACGGCGCCCCAUAGUGCUAGAGAGGACUCUCUGGGCAGUUCACAACAUAAUAAUGCAAGGAGCAUUUUGCCCUCCACCCCCAGCAAGCUGGGUACUCUUCUUGCCAGCCAUGGAAGGAUGGAAGGCUGAGUCAACCUUGAGCCAGCUCAUUGUGCCCGUCAGAAUUGUAUUCAAAGGAGAGUCUUGACUGCAGGACCACUGCGCUAUAAGGUGCUUGCCAUUUUUCGGAAGAGUGGGAAUGUUCACCCUGGAUCAGGCAAUCUCAGGUCAUCUUCUGCUAAGCCCAGAAGCUUCUUGGGUCUUAUAACGAAGCUGAGUGAGUUGGAUUGCCAGACAGACGAGGCUUAGCUCCUCCUUCCCAGCGUAAUUGCUCCUGUGAAUUCCUAGGAUAUUUCUCUUGUUCAUCCCAAGUGCACAAAUGAUGAAACUCUGGGAAGAAUUUGUGCAUGCUUUCAUCCAGCUUUCCCCCAAAUGGUGCCCUGCAAAUACUUCGCAUUUGGACGCCCCACCCAACAUGGCCACAGUACCUUGGCAAGCUGGGAGUUGCAGUCCUAACAUCAGGAGGCUGCUCGGUUGGGCAAGGUAGCACUCAUCUCAUAUCCUGUGUUAUUUUUGAUAGCACUCACAGGAUGUGAAAGCAUGGCAUCAGAAGAGGCCCCAAAGGUGCAGCCUAGCAGGAUCAACCUCUUUUGGUUCCAGUCAACUUCUGCACCACCCUUGUUAAGUGACAUCUGUGUAGCCAAGGGUUUGAGUACAUGCCUGAACCCUACUCCAGGAUACCUUGCAGUGACCUCUAAUUGGUGCUAAGUUUGUCCUCCUCUCCCUCUCUCUCUCUCUCUCCCUCCCCCAACAGGCUAUUGCAUCAAUUUGAGUUUUUUUCCAUGGCCUUUUCCUGUUGCUGCUGAGAUUUUUGUUUACUUCCAGACCCUUUUUUUAAAAAACAGUUGGGAUCUGUGACAUUGUAUAAAGACUGAAUAAAUUGAGUGUUGUUGUUUUUUUU